UGUCAAUAUUUUCAUAUAAAUUUUUUUUUUUCUUAUAUUCUGUGCCAUAAAAUUUCUUUAUAAUUCUCAGAUUGCUAUCGGUAAAGUUAAGGGAAAAAGAACGCGAGUGCUUCGGUUAACGCUAAUAAAUGUGAAUAAAAAUUAUGACCUUGGAUUAUAUGUGACAUCAUCGGUAACACAAAAUGACUUGGGACGCUAAUCAUGGAAAAAAACCGCCUAAACCGCACAAGCUAACCUUCAAAUAAAUAAAAGAAAAACAAAAACGAAAAAGAAACAAUUAAAAUAAAAGUAUGUUGCAUACGUAUCAAUCAAAUCGAAAACCGUAACAUAAAAUCGAAAAAAUCUGUGUUUCAAAAAAAAAAAAAAAAAAAAAAAAGAAAAAGAAAUUACUAAGAAAGUUUCCGUUUAGCAGAAAGUUAAAAGCGAAUAAUUUCAUCCAACACUUAAGUGUGAAAAUUGUAAUAAAUUUAAAAUUUAUUCUGUUAAAAUAAUUUAUUGCAAAAUAAAAACUUUACAAAAUCUAUCACCUGACCUACCUAGCGUGAUUUUAACGCCCCCACAAAAAAAAAGAAAAUUAUCUCAAUACGAGUUCGCACAUUUUAAGAGCAAAAUCAGUGAAAUAUCUAAAACACAGCGGCAUCGAUAGCAUCGAACAAAAUGAAAGGCUUAGAAACGUUUAAAGAGAAAGCUACGGGUGUUUUUAGCGGAAUUAAACCGAAAUUUGAAAAUUUCGAAAUCUCAAAAGGUUAUCAUGGCGGUUUGGGUGGCUAUGAAGAAAUGGCAGUGGGUGAGAAGGAAGGUGAUGGCCCAGGCGGCGGUGUACGUUAUGAUGACGACAGACCUGAUUCGCCAGCGUCAUUUGAUGAAAUCGAACGUCCGCCUUUACGUAAAAUUGACAAAUAUUGUAAGGCUGAGUGCCCCUGUAUGUCGGCACGUUACACUAUAGCCACGAUGGCUUGCGUCGGUUUUAUGAUUGCUUUCGGUAUGCGCUGUAAUAUGUCGGCGGCUAAACUGAAGGGUGAACAUAAUGGUACGGUAUUCAUGAACUGGACAGUGGCUGUUGAAAGUCAUGUGGAUUCAUCAUUUUUUUGGGGCUACUUGGUGACGCAAAUACCCGGUGGUUUUAUUGCCUCGAAAUUUCCAGCUAAUAAAAUCUUUGGCUUAUCCAUAGCCAGCUCGGCUACGUUGCAUUUAUUUGUACCGUUCGCGAUGACUUUAGCGCAUGGUCAUGUGGUGAUAUGUGUGCGAAUAUUGCAGGGAUUAUUUGAGGGUGUCACGUAUCCCGCCUGUCAUGGUAUUUGGCGCUUUUGGGCCCCACCAAUGGAGCGUUCUCGUUUAGCUACGCUAGCAUUUAGCGGUUCUUAUGCUGGAGUGGUGGUGGGUUUACCUCUAUCGGGACUGCUUGCCGACACUAUAGGCUAUCAGGCUCCAUUUUAUGCUUACGGAGUAUUUGGGAUAAUAUGGUAUAUGUUCUGGUUGUGGCUUUGUUUUGAAAGUCCUCGUAAGCAUCCUGCCAUUAGUUUACCUGAACUUAAAUACAUCGAAAAGUCAUUGGGUGAAACUUCAGCUCAACCUACUAUGCCAUCUUUAAAGACCACGCCUUGGAAUGAAAUGAUGCGCUCUAUGCCAGUUUACGCGAUUAUUGUGGCGAAUUUUUGUCGCUCUUGGAAUUUUUAUCUAUUAGUUUUAUUUCAAUCUUCAUUUCUUAAGCAUAAAUUUGGUUUUAAAGUUGAGGAAGCCGGAUUUAUAGGUUCACUACCUCAUCUAAUUAUGACUACUAUUGUGCCAUUCGGUGGAAUGCUGGCCGAUCAUUUACGAAAGAAUGGCAUAAUGUCUACUACAAAUGUGCGUAAACUAUUUAAUUGCGGUGGUUUUGGAAUGGAAGGUGUAUUUUUUCUAUUUGUAGCUCAUUCUAAUACAGCGACUGGUGCCAUGUUUGCUUUGACUUGUGGUGUGGCUUUCUCAGGUUUUGCUAUAUCCGGUUAUAAUGUCAACCAUUUGGAUAUUGCUCCUCGCUACGCCAGCAUAUUAAUGGGUCUAUCGAAUGGCAUCGGUACUCUGGCUGGUAUUAUUGUACCUUAUGCAUUGGAUGGCCUUAUUCAGAAAAAUCCUACAGGUUGUUGGACAACCGUUUUCACAUUGGCCGCCUGUGUUCAUUUAUUCGGUUGUACAUUCUACGGAAUCUUCGCGUCGGGCGAAUUGCAGCCUUGGGCUGAACCACCACCUGAAGAGAAACAAGUUUGGUCACCACCCAUGGCUGCUCUUACUGACGAUCAGCCCGCAGCUGAAACAUCAUUCUACACUGAACAAAGUCAAAUGCAACAAGCAAAUACCAUUAAUUAUGGCGCGACAGGACACGUGGCCAAUAAUCCAUUUGCAAUGGCUGGCGGCCUAAACACAACGAUUGCUGAAGAAAGCGUGCAACCUGACACGACACUGACAGAUAACUACAGUACAUACGAUUAUACACAGAGCGCACCAUCAACGCUACCGCAACCUCAACAACAAAUGGGGCAAAUGCCCUCCUAUGAACAACAGUACCCUCAACCCUAUCAGCAGCAAUAAAAUUAAGGUAAAAUUUUAGAGAAAGAAAACAAAAAAGAAAAAAAAGAACUAAAGAAACAAUCAAACCAUUCGUAGAGAACCGAAAGAAAGAAAUGGAAACAGAGCAAUCAAAGUUGUACAUAUAUCCAAGGUGCAACUUUCAAAAACAAAAAAAAA